ACUUCCUGAACUGACCCAGCUACUUCCGGAUUAUAACAAGACAGUCAAAACAAACUUUAAGGUUUAAUAUGUAAAUCGUAUUUUAUAGUUAGCCAGAAAAUUGCAACAUAACUAAUAACACAAGCUGCACGUAUGACAACAGUCCAAUGUCUUCCAAACCAUUCAGAUAGCACUGUACAUUACAUGCCAGCAACGAGACGCCUUUACUCAGCCUCCUAUCUCUGUCUUUAUGUUACGCCUUUUCAUUUGUGCAAAAGGUAACUCCGGGUAACUGCACUGAAGAAAUUCAGGUGCCGUUUUUUCUCCCAGUUUUUAACUGAAAACCCUACAGGUACACGGAAGAUUGCGAAGUUAAAGGUGUGAACAUGCCCGUUGACUGGAUUGGAUAUGGCUAUGCAGUCCUUCUUGUAACAGGGGGGAUUAUGGGCUAUGCUAGAAAAGGCAGCGUCCCCUCCCUGGUUGCUGGGGUAUUCUUUGGGUGCCUGGCUGCUGUUGGGGCAUACCAGAUGUCGCAGAACCCAAAGAACUUCUGGGUUUCUCUGGCUGCUGCAGGAAUACUGACUGCUAUCAUGGGAAUAAGAUUUUUAAACUCUGGGAAGUUCAUGCCAGCAGGACUUAUGGCUGGUGCAAGCAUCCUGAUGUUGGUGAAGAUUGGUCUGGGCAUGUUAUAGAAAGCACAUCAAACAAACAUAAUGGUCACUGGAGAGUGGCCAAACUUCAAAAACGCUUUGUAAAAUCAUUUUCCUUUCCUCAACGCAUUAAUUAUCAUAGCAGACCUUCCUUUUCUCAUAAUAAGACAUUUUAAUGGAUAUUUUGUUAAAAAACA